CCCGGGAUGCAAACAUCUCUGCCAAGCACUGAACACCACCAAAAACAUCCGUCUGUCUGUCUGCAUUGGGGCGUUGUGCAGAGCAGAGCCAGCGUUGCUGGGAAGGAACGAAGGGAGGUCAAGGACAAGUUAAAAUUGGAAAGAAAGCUGAACAUGCCGUUUCGUAGCCUUCGCUUCCCUUGCAGUUACAUGUUCACCAGAGAAGUUUAACAGGGAAGCCCCAGUCCAGCACAGGGAUCCCAGCACCUGCACAGCAGCAUGGCUCCAGGAACCCAGUGAAGUUCUGCAGGCAACCACAGCCCAGGGGCAGAGGAGUGACGGCGGGCACAGCCCAAGCCGCGUGGCGGUGGCAAGCAUUGGGGCUAGCGGCACAGCCCCGGCGUGGCCAUGGGGCAGCGAUGCAUGGACAAGCUGUCCUCAUUCCUCUUCGAGUAUGACACCCCCCGCAUGGUGCUGGUGCGGAAUAAGAAGGUGGGACUGACCUUCCGGCUGAUCCAGCUCAUCGUCCUGGCGUACAUCAUAGGGUGGGUUUUCCUCUAUGAGAAAGGCUACCAGACACAGGACAGCAUCGUCAGCUCUGUGUCAGUGAAACUCAAGGGCCUGACAAUGACCAACGAGAGCACCUUGGGUCCACACAUCUGGGAUGUGGUGGAUUAUGUCUUCCCACCCCAGGGGGACAGUUCUUUUGUGGUGAUGACCAACUUCAUUAUCACUCCUGGACAGAAACAAGGAACCUGCCCUGAGGUGCCGGAUACUGGUCUCUGCAGCCAGGACAGCGACUGCAGUAAGGGGACAUACAGCCGCCAGGGGCAAGGAAUCAUGACAGGCAAAUGCAUUCAUUUCAACACUUCAGUGAAGACCUGUGAAAUCUUUGGCUGGUGUCCUGCUGAAGUGGACUACCCCGUCCCCAACCCUGCCCUGUUGCCAGAAGUGGAGAAGUUCACCAUAUUCAUCAAGAACAGCAUCACCUUCCCCAAGUUCAAGGUGUCCAGGCGCAACUUAGUGGAGAGCGUCACCAUGCAGUACCUGAAGAAAUGCACGUACCACAAAGUCACCGACUCCUUGUGCCCUGUGUUUGACCUGGGAUAUCUCGUGAAGGAAUCAGGUCAAAAUUUCAGUAUGCUGGCUGUGAAGGGCGGUGUGGUGGGCAUCACCAUCGACUGGAACUGUGACCUCGACUGGCCUAUCCGGUACUGCAAGCCUAUUUACCAGUUCCACGGCCUGUACAAUGAUGACAGCAACGUUUCACCAGGCUUCAAUUUCAGAUAUGCCAAAUACUACAGAGAAGACGGGAUGGAAAAGAGGACGCUGUACAAGGUGUUUGGGAUCCGAUUCGACAUCUUGGUGAAUGGCAAGGCAGGCAAAUUUGACAUCAUCCCCACCAUGACCACAAUUGGCUCUGGGAUUGGUAUUUUUGGAGUGGACGGGACUACUACAAGCAGAAGAAGUUCAAGUAUGCAGAACAGGAGCCUUCGAGGUCAACGAAGAAAGGGAAGGAGCUGGACAGUGCACAGUGAGAGUCGUCAUCCCCAUCACCAGCUUCAAGGCAGCAGGAGCAGCGCCCGAUGUCGACUCACGGGAAUUCUGGGCACAGGGUUCGCUGGGUCGCUGGAGCAGGUGGCACCUGCAUGGGCCACUGGGGACCUGCUCUCACUAAGGCACCCACGGGACCUCCACCAGCCUUGUGUGGGCUGCUGGACCUGUGCUGAGCUGUCCUGCACUCCAAGCCUCUGCAGCCUUGAGCAGAUCCAGAUUGAGGAGAGGGUGUGGAAGGAGAGCCAGUGAGAACCAUGCUCAGCCCCUCAGCAUGGAAGAGAAAGAGUUAUUUUGUAAGAAUGUAUUUUAUUAAAUAAUAACAAUAAACCUUUAGUUUUUCUA